AUGCCGAUCUACGAUGUUGUCGUGCUGGGCGCCACGGGCUUCACUGGGCGCCUGGCCUGCGAAUACCUGGCAAACCGAGGUGGCGAGAAGGUGACGUGGGCCAUGGCCGGGCGCAGCUUGGACAAGCUCGAGGGCAUCCGCAAGGCAUUGCCAGAGAGCGCGAAGGACACGCCCCUCAUCAAGGUGGAUGUGACCAACCCAGCUGAUCUAGAGGAAGCUGCGAAGAGCUGCAAGACGCUCAUGAACUUUGCAGGCACGCCUUACAGCGACAAGGGCUUGCCGGUGGUAGAAGCUUGCGUCAACAAUGGCUGCUGCUACGUUGACAUCACAGGAGAAGUGGCCUUUGUCAAGUCCUCCGCCGACCGUUAUGACGAGAAGGCCAAGGAGAAGAAGUCGCUCAUUGUUCAUUGCUGCGGUUUCGACAGCAUUCCGUCAGACAUUGGCGCGUUUAUGGCUGCUACUGAGAUGAAGAAGCGCCACAACAUGGAAUGCGCCCGCAUCCGAACAGUUUUCGGCAAGCAGAGUGGCAGCUUCAGCGGUGGCACGCUGGAAAGUGGUGCGUACAUGCUGGACAACCCGAAUAUGGAGGGCGGCGAUGCCAUGAAGAAGCCUUAUGGAUUGGAUCCUCCCGGCGGGCAGGCCGGCCCGGACACCGGCGAUUUCGGCAGUAUCAGCGCUUUGGGCUACGAUGAGGAUGCCGAAAAGUGGGUCAUGCCAUUUGUGAUGGCACCGGUCAACACGCGAAUCGUCCGCCGAAGCAACGCUCUGAAGGGCUACCCGUAUGGCAGUGCCUGCAGCAUCGGGGAAUGCAUGGAGGUUCCUGGUCCCGUCUCUGGAUCUCUCAUGGUUAGCGGCAUCGCAUUGUUUGGCGCUUUGUUCUACUUGCGCCCCACACGAUGGCUUCUGCAGAAGACAGUGCUCCCUGCAGCAGGAGAAGGGCCUUCCAAGGAGACCCGCGAAAAGGGCUUCUUUGAAAUGCGGGCCAUCGCUGUGGGUGAGAAAGCUGCCGAGGGCGGCAAGCCUCCCAAGGUCGUCGCGCAGGUGAAGAGCGGAACCGGCGGGGAUCCGGGCUACAAGUGCACUGCUUUGAUGUCAGUUGAGGCAGCCCUGUGCUGUUCGCUGCAGAAGGACAAAUGCAGCUCCACAGGCGGCGUGACAACGCCGGCCGCAGGUCUGGGACAGGUUCUUGUGGAUCGAUUGAAUGCUGCUGGAAUGAGCUUGUCCGUGGACGCGGCCUGA